UUCAUUCGUGGAAAUCCCAAUUUUAACUUUGUUCACUAAAUUUGCCAUUAAUUGAGCAGUUAAUAAGAUAUAUUAUGCUAAAAUCAUGAGUGAACAUAACUAUAUAUUUGCAAAAGUUAUUGGAGAGGGAAGCUUCUCAACAGUAUAUUUGGCUAAAGAUGUUAAUUCUAAUAAGCAAUAUGCAAUUAAAGUAUGUGAAAAGGCCUUUAUAUUUCGUGAAAAGAAGCAAGAAUAUAUCAAAAGAGAGAAAACAGCCCUAUUAAGACUCAGUAACACAACAGGCAUAGUUAAACUUGUGUGUACAUUUCAAUCAUCUAAAUAUCUAUUUUUCGUAUUGAGCUUUGCCAAGAACGGUGAAAUCCUCCACUAUAUAGACUUAAUGAACAUCGAUUGUUCAAGAUUUUAUGCUGCAGAACUACUAAAAGCUAUUGAAGGAAUGCACAAGAAAAACAUUAUUCACAGAGAUCUUAAGCCUCAAAACUUGUUCCUAGAUUCAAAUAUGCACUUAUUGAUUGGUGAUUUAGGCAGUUCAAAAAUCUUACAAGAUGAAGACAUUCAUCAUAAUCAUCUAAGUCAUAGCAUCAACGAAGAUGACGAUGGACAAAAUAACAAUCCAAAAGAGAAGAGAAAGGAACGUCGAGAAAGUUUUGUUGGAACUGCUUUAUAUGUAUCACCUGAAAUCCUUAAAGGCAAAAAAUCAUUAUUUUCAACAGACUUAUUCAGCUAUGCUUGCAUUCUCUAUGAAUUUAUUUGUAAGAAGCCAACAUUUGGAAGCAACGGUGAAAAUGAGUAUAUGGUAUUUCAAAAGAUUCAAAAUAUGGAUUAUCACUUUCCCGAUAAUAUGAAUCAUCAAGCAAAGGACUUAAUAGCAAAAUUACUAAUCGUUGAUCCAGAAAAGAGACUAGGCGCAACAGAUGGCAAAGAUCAGCUUUACAAAUCAAUAAGAAAUCACGAGUUUUUUGAAUCGAUAGACUUUGACAACAUAUUUUCUCAAACAUCUCCGUUGUUGCUCUUGUCGGAAAUUAAAAAGGACAAUUUCCACAUUUCUGAUGACAUUGAGACAGGCUUGGGAGAGAGUCAAAUGAAUAGAAUAUUACAAUUGGAUUUAGCGUCAAAUUCAAGUUCAAAUCAAGACUCGCUGAAGAAAUUACUAGAAGAUCAAAAGACCAACUUACAUUGGUCAGAGUUUGUGGAAGAAAAUGAAUACAUUAUCAAACAUGGCUUCAUAAAUAAACGUAAAGGAUUAUUUUCUCGAAGACGAAUGUUGUUGCUCACAAGUACGCCACGUCUGAUCUAUAUCGAUGCUCAUGCCAAUGUCAAGAAAGGAGAAAUACCCUUUGACUCAUCACUCACUUGUGAACGUAGAAAUUUUAAGAUAUUUUUUGUUCAUACGCCAAAUCGAAUAUAUUACCUAGAAGAUCCAGAAGGUGGAGCAUUGCAUUGGUGCGAUACAAUCGAAGAAGUUAGGGAUAAAUACUUCAAAUUAAAGGAAUAAUGUGCUGGAACCUAGAAAAUAUAAGCAAAGAAGUUGAGGCUGAUUGGAUGUCACUUUUGUGCACCUUAAAUAUAGGCAAUAAUUUUAAUUCACAAGAAGAUAUCAAGAUUCGUAUAAAGCAGUUGUAUUUAAUAUAUAUCAAAAAUCAUUGAUCAAAUGAUGUCUGUCUGUUCCUGUACAAUCGUGGUCGCCUUAAGACUUUUUGUUUUGUGUUUUUUCAAAGAAAAUUUUGUACAUAAGUUUGACAAAUCCAAUCAGCUCAAGUCCUAAGAAAAUACCUAUUUAAAGUUUAUUUGAAAAUAAAAAGGAAUCAUUUGCAAAAUGGAAAGAUCUUUAUCAGUAUUAAUAGCUAAUUUACUUAGGUGAAUAAAAUUAAGUUUUGUGAUUAAUUAAAAAAUAAUGUUA